UGCAUGAUGCUUUGCGGCGUAGUCUCCUCCUCUCACUCAUGGCGGCGACGAAAGGAACACACAAAUAACAUUUAGAGAAAUACGUACAAUUUAUACUCUCAUUUUAAUUUUGUUUUGUCACCCGCUGUAGUGUAUCGGUCAGAGAGCGUUUCUAGUAAAUACCGAGACGGGUUCGGUAAGUAACUAUAUGUUUAAGAGUAACAACAACAGAAGGGGAAGUAUUGGUGUGUGUUCCUCUGCAGUCGGUUGCGGGAGAGUCUGGAGCUCUUCCUUCAGCGCCAUUUUGUGGCAACAAAAAUCUGCAAACAUAAGAAACCGGCAGAGUUCAGAAUGACUAAUGAAGAACCUCUGCCAAAGAAGGUUCGCCUUAGUGAAUCUGACUUGAAGACCCUGUCCAGAGAAGAUCUGUGUGCAAGGUGGAAACAACAUGAAGCAUAUGUUCAAGUUCUAGAAGCAAAAUACACAGAGCUCAGCUCACCAGCAAAUGAUGUGACUGGCUUGAAGGAGUCUGAAGAGAAGCUGAAACAGCAACAACAAGAAUCUGCACGGAGAGAGAACAUCCUUGUCAUGAGGCUUGCCACGAAGGAACAGGAAAUGCAAGAGUGUACUACCCAGAUUCAGUACCUCAAGCAAGUUCAGCAACCCAAUGCUGCCCAGCUGAGAUCUUCUAUGGUGGACCCAGCCAUCAACUUGUUUUUCCUUAAAAUGAAGGGCGAACUGGAACAGACUAAAGACAAACUGGAGCAAGCCCAAAAUGAACUGAGUGCCUGGAAAUUUACACCUGAUAGCCAAACAGGCAAAAAGUUGAUGGCCAAAUGUCGGAUGCUUAUUCAGGAGAAUCAAGAGCUGGGGAGACAGCUGUCCCAGGGACGUAUUGCCCAGUUGGAGGCAGAGUUGGCUUUGCAGAAAAAGUAUAGUGAAGAGCUUAAAAGCAGUCAAGAUGAACUGAAUGACUUCAUCAUUCAGCUGGAUGAGGAGGUGGAGGGAAUGCAGAGUACAAUCUUAAUCCUCCAGCAGCAACUGAAAGAGGCUCGGCAGCAGAUGGCUCAGCAAGGGCAGCAGCAGCAGUCGUGUGCUCCAGGCACAAGCAGGACUUCCUCUUCUGAGCCUUCUGGCCAGGCUGAUGCAGCUUGCAAAGACAGAGGGAGGGUGACAAACGGACCAAGCAAUGGCAACCCCUCCCAGAGGACUUCUGGGUCUGAAGAGGAUUUUCCCUCUUCACCUGGAAAUGGCAGUAAACUCACCAACCACUCUGAAGAGAGAAUAAGCAGAGGGGGGAGCGGGUACAUGAAUCGUCUUAGUGCUGGUUACGAAAAUGUAGACUCUCCUACAGGCAGUGAGAACUCUCUCGCUCACCACUCAAAUGACACAGACUCCAACCAUGACCCUGAUGAGCCAGUGAGUGGGAAAGGUAACAGAACUGCGGGUUCUCGCCACGUUCAGAAUGGUUUGGCCUCUGCUGUAAAUGCACAAAGUUCAGUUUUGUAACAUUCUUUACACUGCAACUUUUUUUUUUUUUUUUUUUUUUUAUAUAAAAGUAUAGUGUCAUUGAGUUUGGCUGAGGAUAGUGUCGUGAAGUGUAUGGACUAGGAUGUUUUAAAAACGGGGGGGGGGGGGGGAAUACAAUUCUGCUUUCAUUUAUUUAUUUUCCGCUUCAUGAUUCAGCUUCUUGAUACCUCCUGCCACAGUUAAAUUAACAAUUACGUUGAACGUUGCUAAGCAAAAUGGAUACUUGUAGAUGAGUUAUUUUUAUGAUUUCAUGUAAUGAGAAAGUUGUUUGCUGCAAAACAAACAAUAAUGUCUAAUUUUGUAUAUCCCAAAUUGGCCCAGUGUGAGCAUUCUUAACUUUUAUUCCCAAUCACAUUUACAGUGGUGUUCAUAAGGACUAUACCUUUUCCAUGCUUUUGGUCUAAUGCUGCAAGGUGUCCUAUAAAAUAGUAUACCACAAGUUAUUAUUUUUUGUCUUGCCAUGUCCAGGUUGUCUAGUUUAAUUGAACAUAAUGCUGUUUUUUUUUUUGUUUGUUUUGUUUUU